ACAGAGGUUAAAGAUAAAAAAAAUAGAUAAAAUAUAUCUUCCGAAGGAAAUAAAUAUCUCUUCCAGCAAUCUGCGCCUCUCCUUAAACCCUACAUUUCAGUUGGGGUUUUCUGCCUCUUCUUCCUCUACCGCGCUCUCUCCUUUACCUCCCAUCUACCCAGAAUCCUAAACUCUCCACAGCCUUUUGCGAAAUCAUGUUAACGGCAUCUCUAAGUCGCUCGUUGCCGGUGCCUCGCAGGCCGACGGCCCUCGCCGCCUUGGCCGCCGUCGAAACCAUCGUGCGAAGCAGCAGCCGCCACACUUCAUCGUUAUCUGUCGGGAAUUCCCCAUCCUCCUCCGUCGCUGCAGCCCCCGGCGCGGCGUCGUUUCCGGUGGGAAAGGGUCUUCUCUCGUUGGGAUUUGGAGCUUUAUCUUCGGUGAGCUCUGGGUUCCACUCUCAAGCUGGGAGAUUGAAUUACAAGUCGUCCACGAUUUCCCAGGCUGAGUUCGCCGUAGAUCACCAGUAUGGUUACGACGAGGAGAGGAUCGGCGGCGGCGCGAAAGCGGAGGUGACUGGUAAUAGCCAAAGCGAGGAAGGGCUUGAAAUUUCGAAGCUUGGGAUUGCUCAAGAGAUUGUCUCGGCUUUGGCUACUAAGGGGAUCUCUAAACUUUUCCCCAUUCAGAGAGCUGUUCUUGAACCUGCAAUGGCAGGGAGGGAUUUGUUUGGGAGGGCUAGAACCGGAACAGGGAAAACCCUUGCCUUUGGAAUCCCGAUUCUUGACAAGAUCAUUCAGUACAAUGCGAAGCAUGGACGUGGAAGGAAUCCAUUGGCCUUAGUCAUGGCGCCUACUCGAGAGUUGGCUCGCCAGGUUGAGAAAGAGUUUCGUGAAUCAGCUCCUAAACUGGACACUAUCUGCCUCUAUGGUGGGACUCCCAUUCAGCGGCAGAUGAGGGAGCUCGAUUAUGGUACUGAUAUUGUCGUCGGCACUCCUGGUAGGAUUAUUGAUCUGAUGAGGAGAGGAGCUCUGAACUUAUCGGAGGUCCAGUUUGUUGUUCUUGAUGAAGCAGACCAGAUGCUUGCCGUUGGUUUUGUUGAUGACAUUGAAACAAUCUUCAAGCAGUUGCCUCCAAAGCGCCAGACCAUGUUGUUCUCUGCCACUAUGCCGAGUUGGAUCAAGAACCUCAUCAAGAAUUACCUUACAAAUCCGCUGACUAUCGAUCUGGUUGGUGAUUCGGAUAAGAAGCUGGCUGAUGGGAUUACUCUAUACUCUAUUGCAUCAGAGUCGUAUCAGAAAGCAGGCGUCCUCGCCCCUUUGAUUGCUGACCACGGGAAAGGAGGAAAGUGUAUUGUUUUCACAGAGACAAAACGUGAUGCUGACCGUUUGGCGUAUGCUAUGUCAAAAACCCAUAAAUGUGAAGCACUACAUGGCGAUAUCUCCCAGAUGCAAAGGGAAAGGACUCUUGCAGGUUUCCGAGAUGGUCAGUUCAAUAUACUUGUGGCUACUGAUGUCGCUGCACGUGGUCUAGAUGUACCAAACGUUGAUCUGAUUAUACACUAUGCUAUUCCGAACUCUACGGAGACAUUUGUUCAUCGAUCUGGUCGUACUGGACGUGCUGGGAAAAAGGGAACAGCCAUUCUCAUUUAUGGCGGGGAUCAGACCAGGAAUGUGAAGAUCAUUGAGCGUGAAGUAGGGUGCAGAUUCACCGAGCUCCCUAGAAUAGCUGUUGAUGCUGGAGGCAUGAACCUUGACAUGGGCGGCAGUAGUCGUUUUGGCCAGUUUGGCAGCUCAGGAGGCCGCGGUGGCAGUGGUGGCUAUGGCCGAUUUGGUAGUGGUGGUGGUGGUUCGAGUAGCUAUGGGUCUGGGGGACGUGGCGGAGGCUAUGGCAACUCGGGCUAUGGUGGUCGACCUGGAGGCAGCAGCGGCGGUGGUCGGUUCCAGUCUCAGCCAGGUGGCUAUGGUGGUUCGAGUCAAGGCCGUAGCAGCGGUGGAUACUUCGACUCUGGCAAGUCCGACCGAGGUGGUGGUUCCUUCGGUGACUUUGGUUCAGGCCGUUCUAGUGGGUUUGGAGACUCGGGCUCAACACGUUCUGGCUCGUUUGGAGGUGGGGGUCGAUUCGGGGGAUUCGGAGACAGCGGAGAUGACUCUGGUUUCGGAGGACGAAGACGGUAGGUGGAUUUUAAUCAGAGGCAAGCCGGCGAGACAGAGGUUUCUUGUGGCGUUUUGGUUCUUCAAUAUCUAUAUAUUUAGUUUUACUCGCACACUCUGUGUAAUGUAUCAUAACUAUUUUUGAGUAAUUUUAUUAUUAGUUACCAGGGAACUCCUAAGAACAAAAAUGCUUAAAUCAAUGGGGUAUGGGUAA